AGACGAUAACACAAUAAUCCAUUUCUCUCAAAUUUAAUCCAGAGCGCUUUCGCCUGAUCGGCUCUUCAGUGGGUUUCAAAUUGUAACAAACAAUUUCGUACAAAAACGGUUACCAUUAACUUAACAGCCUGCUCUAAUUUAAAAAUUUGGUAUGUUUUUAAUCUUUCCUUUUUUUAAAAAUUCAUAAACGUCUUUCCAUACUUGAACUCGAGAAAAUAAACCGGUCAACACAUCUUAACUGAGUAAGUAUUUAAAGAAAAAACAUAGCCAUUAUAAAAGUAAAAUGAGCUCCAUGUAUAAAACUACGACUGCUUCAAUAUAUUUACUGACAAUUUUGCAUGAUUUUUGUUAAUGUUUGUCGAAUGUAUAUAUAUCUAUAAAUAGAUAAACCAUAACGUUAUGAAGGCAGACAUUUUUGUCUAUCACAUUGAGAAGGUACUCAGCACUGUGGGUGUAAAAUCAAAAUGUAGUUAUAUCUGUGUAGUAAUUAUACACUUCAAGCUAGUUAAGUUAUGAAAAAAAAAACCGAUAGAAAGGUAAAAGAUAAUAAAACAAGAAACAAUAAUAUGCGUCAUCCAAAACCUUGGAAGGAUUGAAUAGGUGCAUUGGCUGCAGUAUAAUAUUCAUUAUAUGCACGGCCUAUGCGUUAAGGAUUUCAAUGGUGGACGUUAUCUUAACAGAACAACUAGGUCAUCGCUUCUAAAUUUUUUUUGCAUUGUUGUUCAUAAAUACUUUAAAUCCUGUAAGGGAAUGGAUGUCCGUGGCCAUUUUAAAUCUUUAGACCUUCACCUUCAUGUUUUCAGUAUUGUUAUUAAUUUUUCAUCAUGCAUCUAUUUCAAAUUUGAACAAUAAAUUUAUGAUCCAAGUUUACUGGGAUAUAUCGAAUCGACCUCCGACACGAUGAAAAACUAUAGUUACUUGGACACACCCAGGGCUCUUUCCUAUAACUAUCAGACUGUUCCCGAGGCGCUUGAAUUCCAGGCUGGAAAAUAUCCAAACCACGAGAUCUUAGUGUUUAGGAAAAUAGACGGAUGGCGAGAGACCUUAACUUACAAGGAUCUCUACGCCCAAGCUGUGAAAAUGGCAAAGAGCUUGGUAGUGAAGGGCAUAAAAAAGGGGGACAAAGUCGCUCUCUACGGAUCGAAUACACUACAAUGGGUAGUUGGGGAGGUAGCUGUAAUAAUGGCGGGCGGGGUCGCUGUUCACGUGACCAGUAGUGUCAAGGGCGCCAGCGACCUACAAGAGAUUUUGGAAGUGGCAGAGUGCCAGGGUAUCCUAAUUGAUCCGGGGACAAAUGGGAGGCAGCAAGAUUUUAUCACCCGUCUUCUCAAAUUUCCCAAUCCUCUCAUUGUUGUGUUUUUUAGACGAACAGCCGAAUUUGCUGAUUAUGAUAAUCUGCCGUCAAUUGUUGAGAAAGAGGAAACGGAUACCGAGCUACCCAAACUGUCCCUGGAAGAUAAUAUUCUAAUGUUUACGACAUCUGGAAGCACCGGAAAACCCAAUAUAAUUUGUCAUUCUCAUUUUGGCGUCCUUAAUAACGCUUAUUUUCAAGGACCUGAUCGGCCACCGACGCUGUACAACGACCGACCGUUUGGAUGGAUCAGCGGGUCCCCUCUCGUCAACAUCGCUUACGGGACCACUCGGGUGUUCGCCGACUCCUCGGUCGGGGUCAAGGGAGGCGACCCGAUGAAAAUUUGGAAUUUGAUUAGAGAGGAAAAGUGUUCCCAUGCACUGUUGAUGCCCUACUACCUUGCUAAUCUAAUCAACCAUAAGAAAGAUUUAAAUGACAGGUACCUGUCACGCGCCAUCUUACUCAGUGGGCAUAUCAUUGACCAGUCUUAUAGCCAGGUCAUCGGGGUGUAUUCGGAAACCCUCUAUAUUGGUUACGGCCUGACGGAAAAUGGCGGAGUAACAACGAUUUUUCCAGAUAUUCGCAGAGGGGACACGAUAGUCACGGGUGACGUUGGUGUUCCUUGUGAGGGGGUGGAGAUAAAAAUCAUUGACAACGCCGGAAGUACUCUGCCACGUGAUCAACCUGGAGAGCUCUGUAUCAGGAGUCGAGUAGCUUGCCACGAUUACUACAAAAACCCAGAGGCGACUCGGACGACCUUCAUUGCAGGUGGAUGGUUCCGGUCGGGAGACAUCGCCAUCAUUACACAAAAUGGCAGGAUUGUUAUCAAAGGUCGAAUAAAGAACGUUUUAGCUCGGGGUGGGAGAACGAUUUUCCCGGAAGCGAUAGAGAAAGUUGUCAAUGAGAUGGACGAAAUAUCAUAUAUCGUCGUUGUCGCUGUACCGGACAAACGCCUGUAUGAAGAAAUAUGUGUCUGUUUCGUAGCAAAACCUCAAAUCGAUGUCACAGAAGAUGACGUCAAAGACUUUUGUGCUCAACACUUUGAGGGGACGAAUGCUGCAGAUGGGGUUGGAUACAUGCCGACUUACUUUCUUAAAUUCAAGGAAUUUCCGAUGCUUGAUUCUGGAAAACCUAACAGAAAGGCAAUCCAGACUGAGGCAGUCCAUCGUCUUGGGAUCUCCAAAGAAAAUUAGACAGCUUUAAAAAAAUUCAAUUUCAAUUGUGAUUCUAAAAGCCUAAACUUUUUAUUAUUAGGGAAAAGCUGAGGUCGUAUUGGAAUUUGUUUGUAACAAGAUGCUGUUGAAUUUUUCACAUACCAUAGGUCAAUAUUCGGAGGUGUAAUAUAAAUCAUAGUUUAAUAUCGGGUGGGGUAAUAUAUACCAUGGGUUCACAUUCGGUGAUGUAUCAAACAUCAAAGGUCAAUAUCGGAUGAAGUAACACACAAUUCAUUGGUCAAUAUCGGGUUGUGUAACCUCUACAAUAGGUCAAUAUCGGAUUGUGUAACAUCUACAAUAGGUCAAUAUCGAGUUGUGUAACAUCUACAAUAGUCAAUAUCGGGUUGUGUAACAAAUACUUUUUGUUAAUCAAGGGUGGUGUACCACAUACCACUGGUCAAUAAUGGAUGGUGUAGAAUAUACCACUGCAUGUAAAUAUUGGGUGGAUUGACAUAUUUAAGAGUUCAAUGUCGGGUGGUGUAACAUAUCAUAGAUCAAUGUUGGGUUGUGUAAUAUAUACUUUUGAUGAAUCUGGGUGGUGUAACACAUACAAUAGUUAAAAAUUGGGUGGCGUAAGAAACCCAACUUAUAUUGUAGGUCAAUAUCGGGUGCUGUAAGAUGCACCAUAUGUAUACAUGUGGUGUUGUAACAUAUAUACUAUCGGUCAUUAUCGGAUGAUUAUAAAACUCACUAUACUGUAUACAUGUUUUCUUUCAUUAGACUAAAUAUAAAUUCAUUAAUGUGAUACCUUUAAUAAUAAGAUUAUGAAUUGAAGAAUUUAUGCGAAAAAAAAUUCAUCUAAAAAUUUAUGUUUAAUGGUAGUGCAGACUUUUCAAACUGUAAAAAAAUCGUUAUAAAAGUGUUUAUUGUUCGUUAUUAUUUACCUCUACGUGACUCAGAAUCAGUUCGCUAUAUCCGUUUUGUUAUCUCCGAAUUCGAUAUAUCCGUAACAUUUUGCAAAGAUUUGUAAAGAAUUUUACCAAAGACUUAAAAAAAAUAACUUUGCUAUAUCAAGGAUUUUUCUAUAUCCGUGUUUGUACUUAACGAGAGAUACGGUAACAUAGGUGAAUAUUGGGUUGCGUAACAUACACCAUAGGUCAAUAUCUUGUGAUGUAACAUAUAACAUAGCUUAAUAUAAAUUGUGUAACGUACACCAGAGUUCAAUUUUAGAUGGUAUAAC